GUUGUGAAUGAUCUGGUGUUCAGUGGCUCCAGUGAUCAGUCUGUCCAUGCCCACAACAUUCAUACUGGAGAGCUAGUACGAAUCUAUAAGGGCCAUAACCAUGCAGUAACGGUUGUGAACAUUCUUGGGAAAGUGAUGGUGACAGCAUGUCUGGAUAAAUUUGUUCGUGUUUAUGAACUACAGUCACACGACCGCUUGCAAGUCUAUGGAGGACACACAGAUAUGAUCAUGUGUAUGACCAUCCAUAAGAGCAUGAUCUACACUGGAUGCUAUGAUGGCAGUGUCAGAGCUGUGAGGCUUAAUCUGAUGCAAAAUUAUCGUUGCUGGUGGCAUGGAUGUUCACUGAUCUUUGGAGUUGUAGACCAUCUGAAACAACACCUGCUAACUGACCACACCAACCCAAAUUUUCAGACCCUGAAAUGUCGUUGGAAGAACUGUGAUGCUUUCUUUACUUCCAGGAAAGGUUCCAAGCAGGAUGCUGUAGGACACAUUGAAAGACAUGCCGAGGAUGACAGCAGGAUUGACUCAUGAAGCUUUUCACCUCCCACAUUGGGAAGUAAUUUUAUAUGUCAGAAAUACUCCAAACAAUGUCAGUUUCUUAGUCCAGUCUUUCCUCUUUCUUUUACCACUUGGAAUGAAAAAACUGAGUAGGGGUGAAAUGCAUUGCCAUGGAGACUGCAAGUUGUGUUGCACUCUGUAGAAAUAAGGCUGAUCAGUUAAGAUUUAGCCCAGAUUCUUGCAACUUUUUCAUCAUUGACAGACAAGAAUAAGAGUGUUCCCUCCUCUUGU